AUGGAGCGCACAAACGGGAACGGCUUUGGUCCUGCCACCCCAGGCACCAGGGAGAAGUUCGAAGAUGAGAAGCGUCGCAUCAUCGAGAGUUGCUUUAGCAAGAGGGAGCCGGAUGGGACGCUCCAGGAGACGUACAUCACCCACCUACGCAUUACCGAAUUCUCGACACACCCUGCGACGCCGCCGCCUCCGCAAGCUCGAACUCCCGAUUCCCAAAAACCUCGAGCCAUCAUCAUCGCAGUUCGGAAAUCGGGCCGCGUCCGCAUGCACAAGUCUAAAGAAAACCCGAAUGGAACCUUCUCCAUUGGCAAGACCUGGAACUUGGACGACCUCACGCACAUCGAGUCCUUUACCAGCCCGCAAGCCAACCCUCAGCACCGAGAAUGGGCUGGCGAUACCGGGUUCAUAGUCACCUUGGUGAAGCCUUAUUUUUGGAUGGCGCAGUCGGAUAAAGAGAAGAAGUUCUUCAUCGCCAGCAUGAUCAAGAUUUAUGGCAAAUAUACGGGCGGUUUGGUUCCCGAGCUCUUGGGUUUCGACCCAAGAGAGCUGGAGCAAGUCAUGGGAGCGGGCAAGCGGCCCCCCAACAUCGGCGGCCAUUAUCACAACGGACCACCGCCAAUGAGGCCACCACCAGGGUCCGCGAUGCCACCACCACAGGGCAUGUCUUCUCCGCCAUCAAUACCCGGUCACCCCAACUUCCCACCGCAUAUGCCUGGCGCUCACGAUGGCCCGCCUAGAACGACUAGAACCCCUCCAAUCCGACAGCAACCGCCGAGUGGCACCAAUUCCCCUGCCGGCAGCUUCGAUUCGUCGGCCUCGAGAGACCGGGAUAGGACCAACCUGCGAAAAGUCGUCCAGAAUAGCAAGAGUCAAGAGUCCAUGUCGAUGGCGGUUCGAAACGGUCCACCAGGUCCUCAAGCUGAGCCGCCGACCCAACCACUGCCACAGAUACCGAACCAACAUGCCCGGCCGCCUAGCCGAGCGAGAGAGGAGCACGGCCAAUUUCGAUCUUCGAGUCGUCCGAGGGAUGGGCAACCCUCGCACCCUCCUACUUCUUUUACACCGCCAGUGGGACGCAGCGGUGAUGAUCAAUUUCGCCCACCAAGCCGGCCGUCGAGUCGGCCGAGGGAGGAUCAGGCAUAUCAAAGCUCAAUACCUCCUCUCAUGCGACCGCCCAGUAGAGCGAGGGAUGGUCAAACUUCGCCUAGACCAGCUAGUCGUUCGAGAGACGACCAGACACCCCCCAUCCCACCUCCACUCAUGCGACCACCGAGCAGAGCUGCCCGAGAUGAGCAAGCUGCGCAGAACAUUCCCUCGCCGAGUCGAGGACUGGGGGAUCAAACACCCCCUGAGAGGAAGCGCCCUCCCAUGGAUCCAACACGGCCACAAGAUAGAGACUUGGUGCCGGCACCUCUCAUUCCUGGUACCGGUGGCCCUGGCAAGAAGGAUCCCGUCAUGCCGCCACCACGAAGUGCAGAACGAGCUGGACGCAAAAACUCUACCAGCCAAGGUCCCAACCAUUCUCCCGCCCUUAGUCCCUCUCUGGGAGCAGAUCCUACUCCCACUGUACCUAUACAAAGUCCCGAGGUUCCCAAACCAGAUUCUCCUGCGGGUGGACUGAACAGUCUCCCGAUUCCUUCUCCGACCGUUAGCAUCCCCUUGCCAGUAACGGGCAAAGACGGACUAUCCUUGCAAACCGAUCUUGAACAGCCACCCAAGGUGUCACCCGUAUCAGCGGCUGCACCAACGCCGGGAACUCAGGAAGCAACAUCGGCCAAGGAUGAUGAAACUACCGCCAAGGACGAAAGCAAGGCAGAGGAGGAGGAGAGGCCCGGUCUCGGGCCUAUGAUCAAGUCUCCGAAGACGAAGGAGCAGGUUGCGGGAGCAUUUUGGAAGGCUGCAGCGGCAGCGGCAGCAUUUAAACCUCGUCGAGGAGGUGCCGGAGAGCGACUACGACUGGCUGCCCAGAAAGUUACCGACGGCCCAGACGGGAUUACGGAUGUGGUUCCAGCACCCCCCAAGCCAGACACACCCAAAGAAGACUCUGCCCCUCCAACCCCAGAUGUUCCGGCGCGUGCUCCUCAGCGUCGCUCCAACAUUCCCGACGUCAAGGUUGCGGUGCCGACCAUCAAUCGCCCAUUGAGUGGCCAAGGCGCGUCAUCUAUUAUCAAGGAGGCUCCCGAGUCUUUCCCCAAGGAACCGGCUAGACCAGUCCGAGCUGUAGGGAAGGAUACUGAAUAUUUGCAGAGUCUUGGUGUUGACCACCGCAUUCUCGAUAAUAGAAGCGAAGGAUUUGGUCGAUGGCUUGACCAUUUUGGCUGGAUCCCAGGUGAACAAAUGCAGUCUGGGAACGUCGAUGACAUGAGAGCCGACCUCGAACGAGAGUUGAACAAGACACAAGCCGGUGGCUGGCUAGCGCGCUUCCAAGAAGAAGAUGACAAGGUAGACGCUAUCAAGCUGGGAAUCGAUGUCGCCAUCUUGGAAUGCGAGGAGUUGGACAAUCUUUUAACGUUGUACUCCGUUGAGCUUUCGACGUUGUCCGAAGAUAUUGCCUAUAUUGAAGCACAAGGCCAAGGUCUUCAAGUCCAAGCCGCAAACCAAAAACUGCUAAAACAGGAACUCGAGUCUCUUCUUGAGACUUGUGCAAUCACGAGCACUGAUCUACAAGUGCUUCGUACGGCACCCCUAGACAAUAUUCAAGGCCUUUCUGAAGUUGAAAAUUCCUUAGUUGUCCUCUUCAAGGCUAUGAUCAAGAUUGAUCCCAGCCUUGGAGGGCGCGAUCCAGGAAAGGCCGGUGAUUCGUCAGUUGAUGACCAAGCCUUGGGACUUGAUAGUGACUACGGUAACAUGAGGAUUGUUCAAGAAAAGAAGGAAAUGUACGUGCAAGAGAGCUCGCAGUUCAUGCAGCACCUCAUCGGCUUCAUGCCACAACAGUUCGAACUGGCACUUGCAGAGACGAAACGUGCUCUCAGUGGAGCCCUAGCAAAGAGAGGUGACUCGAGCCACCACGAAACUGGUCGAGAUGUCCUGUGGAAGUACAGCCCCUUGAUGCUUUAUGCCCGAGACGUCGAUUUGAAGAGCUGGAGUCACAUGCUUGGCAUCUAUCAAGAGAAGAGCCAUCCUGUGUAUAAGAACGAAUUCCAGAGUAUCAUGAUGAGCUGCCGCAAGAACGCCCGCAAGAUGACGAGUGAGGAACAAGUAUGGCUCUUCACCACUCAAAUAGAAAAGCAGCAGGAGAACGUGGCGACAGCGGCUAGAAAGAUGACGGUGAAGCGAAGUCAGACGCUCGCCCGCGCUCUGCGAUCUCCCCUCUCCGAGGGUAAGGCUGAUCGCCAAAAGGCAGGGUCCGGGACCCUCCCAUGGGAAGUAUUCAGUACUGUUUUGGACGAGUUGCUCCCUCUGGUUGAAAUGGAACAAAACUUCAUCAUCGAUUUCUUCCACGCUACAACGCUCGAACAGACAGACUUCCCAGACGCGGUUGCUUCUAGCACGCCCCAGGAUCGUCGUGGCGGUGAUCUCAAGAAACAUCGUAUCAUGGAGCCUGACCGUGAUCUCGCUAGGCGUGUCACACGGUCCAUGGAGACCAUUUUUUCAUUCUUGGAUCAUGAUCUGCAAAAGCUCAUGGAAUGGGUCAUUGCGCAGGAUCCUUUGCAAGGAGUGGGCAUGUUUGUGGCGGUUGAGAAGAAGAUGGCAGAUAUUAGCCAAACGAACCAAGACUUUAUCAACACAAUUUUCCAAAAACAGCACGGUCUGCUUGGUGGUCGGUUCAGGAAAUUUGUGGAUGAUCAAAUCCGAGCCAUUGAAGAGACAAAGGUCAAGAUCCACAAGCGCAAGGGAGUUAUUCAUUUUAUUCGCGUGUUCCCUGCUUUCUCUACUGUGGUUGAGAAUAUGCUAGUUGGGAUUGAUCCCAAUCUCCCUAUCCGGCGGACAGUGGACCGAGAGUACGACCGAAUGCUCAAGUCCAUGUUUGACUCCCUUCUCGUCAUUGCUCGCGAGAACCCGGCAGUGGGCGUCACGAGUGGUGGAGGAGACCCUGAGGACAAGGAGGCUCUGAACUUCCACAUUCUUCUCAUUGAGAACAUGAACCAUUUCGUUGAGGAGACGGACACACGGGGACUAGAUGUUCUCGAAAUUUGGAAGAACAAUGCAAGCAGGGAAUACCACGAACAUAUGGGCCUGUACCUCAAUGCAGUGAUGCGCAGGCCGCUCGGCAAGCUCCUUGAUCACUUGGAGAACAUUGAGGCCCAGCUGCAAUCCGGCAAGGCAGCAACUCUGAUCGCGGCCCAGCCUUCAAACACCAAAACUAUUUUUAACAAGAUCCUCGGCAACUACGACUCCAAGGAGGUACGCAAGGGCAUCGAAGCGCUGCGGAAGCGAGUGGAAAAGCACUUUGGCGAUGCAGACGAUCCGGCGCUGAGCCGCGACCUUGUCGCGAACGUGAUUCGCGAGAGCGAAAAGUUCUACGUGGAUGUUGAGUCGAGAAUCGGACGGAUUAUCACCGAUGUGUAUGAGGGCGAUGUGCUGUUCGAGUGGCCCAGGGCGGAUGUCAAGGCUGCUUUCAAGUGA